AUGGCGCCCCCAAACCAACUCGGCAAACGCAUGAAAGGCGUCCAAAUCAGCCGACCCUUCAUCUACGGCACGACAGCGCGCCCCUUCGACGACAAGACCAAUCCCAAACCCCCAAACGUGCCCGACGGCCACACGCACUCGUGGCAGGUAUUCAUCAAGGGCGUGGACGACACGGAUAUUACGUAUUGGCUUCGGAGGGUGCAGUUUAAACUUCACGAGUCGAUCCCGAAUCAUGUGCGGAUGGUCGAAGGCGAAAAAGGCAAACCCUUCGUCGUCAACGAAACCGGCUGGGGCGAAUUCGAAAUCACAAUAAAACUCUACUACUCGAGCGAAUCCGGCGAAAAAGCCCAAACCCUCUACCACCACCUCCGCCUCCACCCGUACGGCAAAAACGACGAGGAAAAAGCCCGCUCGCGCCAACCCGACGGCGCCAUCAUCGCGUGGAACUACGAAGAGCAGCUCUUCAACGAGCCCUACGAGGUAUUCUACAACCUGCUCACGUCGGGGGCGCAUGCACGCGCCGGACAAGCACCAGGGGGGAAGGGCGCCGCGAGUAAGAAGCCGGCGGCGGUGGAUCCGGCCUCGGGGAUUGUGUAUGAGAGGUCGGCGCUGGUGCCGCUGCACCUAACGGCCGAGCAGCCAUUUUCCAAAGAAACAGAAGACAUUGAGCGGGAGAGGAUUAGUAAAGCAUUGGAGAAGGUCAUGGGGUGGAUCGACGAGACGAAGACGGCGAAUGCGGAGAAGGAGAAGAGGUUGGCGGAGUUGAAGGCGGAGAAUGCGGCGGCGGCGGAGGCGCUGGCGAAGAAGGCGGGGACGUAG